GAGAAGGCCACCGAAAACACUUUCAUGACUAAUUUCGUGAGGCUGUGAAGUGGGUCUGACAUGUCCGCGACUACAGCGAGUGACAGCCGCCGUGACGGCCCUGAAACUGGGGCAAAUCAGCCUCAGGCGACUGUAACGGCGGAAUACUGCGCGAAGUUGCAGCAGUGGAUGUGGCAGUAUUACUGGGGGUAUGCCAGCUGGCAGAGCUGGGUGGCCCUGUCAGCCUUCCCCUUUCCUCCGCCGUGUACUUUCCCUCCGCCGUGGACCAGCGCUCAAACAACGGGUGCACCUGCCUCGACCUCCGGCGGCGGACAGCAGGCGGUCGACACGCGAAGCUGGUACAGCUACCCUUAUCCUCUCAGUUUCCCCGCGUCCUCCUCUCAUCCGGGUGGUGCCCAGACCGAGCAGAGCUCAGCCGCGACCCCGGCCCCCGCCACUGAUGCCCGGCCAGCGCAGCAGCAGAAUGGAAAUCCACCUCAGGCAGGACGAGAGUACACCAUCCCCUCCCCUCUCCAGAGGUUCCUAGCAGAGACAGUGGAUUUCUUUAUCCUGUUUUGUGUGAAGGCCACUAUUGUGCUGUGGAUCAUGCAUCUGAGUGGGAUGAAGGACAUUGCCAAAUUCAUUACCCACUUCAUUGUGGAGGAGAUAGACGAGAACACGUCCAUCGAGGACCUGCAGAAGAUGAUGGCUGUAGCUCUGGUGUACAGGGUGCUGGUGUGUGUCUAUGAGAUAAUCUGUAUUUGGGGUGCUGGUGGUGCCACUCCAGGGAAGUUCCUGCUUGGUUUGCGGGUGGUGACAUGUGACACAUCCACUCUGGUGCGACCCAACCAAGUCUUUGUGGUCCCAGCAUCUAAUGUUUCGCUCUCUGCCUCUACGGUGCGGGCGUUAAAUAAGAACUUCUCCAUUGCCUUCCUCUUUCCUGUCUUCAUCACUCUCCUCUUCUUCCAGCACAACAGGACUGUGUAUGACAUUGUGGCAGGGACCAUUGUUGUCCAACAAAGAGGGGGUAGAUAGCCUCUUCUCCAGCAGCAGACUCUCUUAUAUUUGACGGGGGUAAUGAGUGAUCAGCCCUUGUGUGCUAAGUAUCCUGGAAAUUCAAUUUAAAUCAGUCAGUAAUGACAACAACAGCAACAGCAGAGAAGCAAUGCGUUGGCCCAUUUCUACACUCAAUCAAACUUGGACUUGAAUUGCACUUUAAAUGGGAUUCAUAAGUUUAGGCCUGGUAUGAUCAGCUUUCCAGCUUUUGGUGUAAAGUAUUUAUUGAUUUAUUGAUUUAUUUAUUUUUACCAUUGGAUCAACAAAUAAGCUAUGAGGAGAAAGUAUUGUGAGUUUUUUUUUUUGAUGAUUGCAGUUUAAGUUUAGCUGAAAAGGGUGCUAUUCAAUGUUUCCAGGAUAUCCUUAGACUUCCCCUCGUAUGACGUGAAUCGUCGAACGUGUGUUGUGUCAUGUUUAUUUAUUUUUUGUGGGAAGCUUAAAGCACCUAUGUGUAGGAUUUGAAAACGUUGGUGACCCCUAGUGGCUGUACCAAGAAAAGGCCCUAAGAUGCCUACCAAUUUUCACAGGGACUCUUAUGUUUCCACAAGGACAAACUUGCCAUCAAAAUAUAUACAUUUAUGAAUUCCACACGUAGGGGCUUUAAAGGAGGAUUAAAUAUUAUUAGAUUCUAUAUUUUCUGAAUUUCUUAUACACUUUGUUCUUUUCUUCAGAGUAAUAAAGGUGAAUCGGAUGUUUGGUUUGCUUAUCAUUUCUGUGCUAUAUAGUGCUUAUUCUUAUGAACUCAUAUCGAAGAAAAAUGCCAGGCUUAUUUGUUUCCAUUAUUUGUGCCUAUGGAUAUUUUGAUGAAGAAGUAUUGUUUUGAUAUCUUUCUGCCAUGGUGAAAUGUAACAAACACUAUUCUCCCUUGUAUAUGAGGUUUAAGCACAAGAAACGUUUGCGUUGAAUUUGAAUUUUCUGCUCAUAGUUUCUGUCUUCAGACUUGUAAGUCUUGUGACUCAGGGCAACUGUUUAGCAGAAACAACUGUUUGUCUCAGUUCCCUCACUGAAAAACACUGCUCAUGUUAGAUUUCUACUCACAGUGUGCACAGUGUAAAACCUCCUGUGGUACUAAAGGUUAUUAAUCAUUUAUUCACACGCUACGAUGUUGUUUUAACAGUCCGGUGCAGAGUUUAAGGAAACCUAC